UCCGACAUGAAGUUGCCGCACGCUUCAGUGUUCUUCGCGCCUCUGUGGUGGUGUGCCAUUCUGAUCAUCGUGCUCCCAACUAUAUCCAGUCGCCCAGCGAGCACGUCCAGAGGCAAGGAGGUCGCGCAGCAAGUGACUGAUGGAAAGUGUGUCAUCGAUUGUAGCGGCUUGGGAGGGCGCUUCUACAGUGGGUGGUUGGAUGCCACGCAACAAUCGGCCGACUUCUACAAGGAGCACAUUCAGCCAAAGAUGCACCGUUUCAAAGUGAGGGCAUAGUUGCUUGUGAAGACUCCAGAGGUGCAGCGUGGUCCUGAUGAGAGCUCCGUCGACUUCUGAAGCCUAGCAGACUUUGGCAGAGCUCAAAGGAAAAUGAGCCUACCGUGAUUGGAAUGGCGUACGAUGAGUGAGCACGGAUCUCGCAGACCCGGCCCAUGCACGCUUCACACAAGUGACGCUUGACCCUCGCGCUGCACCCUUGACUGCUUCGGCAAAGAAAC